AGAGCGGUUUCGGAGAGGAAAGUGCAGUGCUGACCGAGAGCAAGGCGCGGCCAUCCCACUCCCCGCCGACAUCUAGCAAAUGGGUGGAAAGUUGGGCGUGUGCAUCACUCAGAGAGACCAAAAGGAUUCGUUCGACGACGUCCGCUCAGAUCAGCCAAAGCGCGAGACCUCCAGGGCACGAGGGAGGCAGGCCAAGACCAACGGAGUGCCCGCCAAGCGGUGUGUCGAUGCGCCGUCGGACGUAUCCACCAGGCGGCCUUCCACGGCUUCAGAUGAGUCCAAGAAGGACGCCCUCAACCGGGAGAACUUCAUCCUGUCCCACUCUGGCACCCUGACGGACUCGUUUAUCCUUCACAAGAAGGUGGGGAGGGGCACAUAUGGGUCGGUGUGCAAGGCGACGUCGCGGACGACGGGUCAAGUGCGGGCGAUCAAGGCGGUGUCCAAGAGCCACGUCAAGAACCUCGCCAGAUUUAGGACGGAGAUCGAUAUCAUGAAGUCGCUGGUGAGCUGCAUGGGGCGGUGGCGGUCGCGGUGGCGGUGGAUACCGGCAGGCACACAGGGAAAGAGGGGGUGCGUGUGAGGGAGAGACCAUCUGUCUGUCUGGCUGGCUGGCUGGCUGGCUGUCUGCGUCUGUUUACAGGAUCAUCCGAACAUCAUCAAGCUGUACGAGACCUUCGAGGAUGCCCGAAACAUCUACAUCGUCAUGGAGUGAGGCAACACCACACACACGCCCACACAGGCACACACAGGGGCUGGAAGGGGAGGGCGGCUGCGGCAUCCCUUCACGCGUCGGUGUGUCUUGUCUGCUUCGUUUGUCUGUUCGUCCAGGCUGUGUACGGGUGGUGAGUUGUUUGAUCGCAUCAUCGAGCAGGAGAAGUUCACCGAGAGGGACGCGGCGCGGAUCAUGAAGCAGAUCCUCUCGGCGCUCGCCUACUGCCAUGCGAACGGCAUCAUGCACAGGUAGGGUAGGAGGUACACCCCACCCUCUCCCCUCCCUGACCAAGCAGACGUGAACCGUGCAAACCCUUCGACCAAUGUUGACACCCACACAGAGACUUGAAGCCCGAGAAUUUUCUGUUCAUGAGCAAGGAGCCCGACAGCCCUCUGAAGGUCAUCGACUUCGGCCUCUCGUGCAAGUUCGAACACGGACAGGCGCGAGGCACCAAAGCCGGCACGGUAGGUACGGUGGACCACACACAAAGACACACACACACGUCCAUCUCCCUCUGUGUCUAUGGGGUUCUCUCUAUGGUGUGACCUGUGCAGCCGUAUUACGUGGCUCCGCAGGUGCUGUUGGGUCACUACACUGAGGCGGCGGACAUGUGGUCGUGUGGGGUCAUCAUGUACGUGUUGCUGUGCGGGUACCCGCCCUUCUCGGGCGAGACGGACGCCGAGGUGCUGGCCAAGGUGAAGCUGGGCAAGUACUCUUUCCACCCACAGGACUGGCGACACGUCAGCGAUGAGGCCAAAGACAUCAUCAGGAAACUUCUCGCACUCAACCCACGGGUGAGGUGUCUUACACACACUCACACAGAUUCGACACACAUCCAAUCGUGUGUGUUGUGUGUGGUCAGGAUCGGCACACGGCCGCCCAGGCGUUGCAGCACCCGUGGAUAGUGCAGUCGACUGUGAUGGACUCGAGAUACGAAGUCACCCUCACAGAGGGCAUCAUCAACAACCUCAGGGUAACCACAAGUGCACCACAACACACCACCAGGCAUUCUCGCCUCUUUUUUGUCUGUCUGUGCAGCAAUUCCGCGCUCAACAUCGUCUGAAGAAGGCGGCCCUGACGGUGAUAGCCCACCACCUGUCAGAGCAGGACAUCGUGGAGCUCAAGAACAUAUUCAUCGCACUCGACAAGGACAACUCCGGCACUCUCACCUACGACGUAUGUCAGUUAUCCCAGAGACAGACCACCACACACACCGCCACCAUGACAUGUGUGUGUGACAUAUGGCACCUGCCCUGCAGGAGAUCGUUGAGGGCAUGCGGGCAAUGGGUUGGGAGGAGUUUCCUCCCGAUCUCGAGGAGGUCUUCAACGAGGUCGACUCGGACAGAUCUGGGCAAAUCGACUACACUGGUCAGCUCCGCCACUGACGCAAAGGCUGGAUCGACCGACUGACUGACCAGUAGCAAUCCCUGUUUGUGUUGUAUGUUCUCUCUUCAUCGAUGUGUCAGAGUUCAUCGCAGCCACCAUCGACAAGACCAAGUACCUCUCCGAGGACGUCUGCUGGGCGGCCUUCCGUGUCUUUGACCUGGUAACACACCCACGCACACACACACACCCAUCCCCUACGCAUCAUUUUUCUUCCUCGUUCCACCAGGAUGGUGACGGCAAGAUCAGUCCGCUAGAGCUCAAGAAGGCGCUGGGGUCGCCCGACAUGAAGGACGAGAUCGGCGCGACGGUCGACGCCAUCAUCAGGGACGUCGACAAGAAUGGAGACGGAGAGGUACGCUGGCUGGGAGACAACAUACAUACCAAAAACACCACCAUCCAUCGCUCCUCCCUCUCUCUCCCUCUCUGUUGCCAGAUCGAUUUUGAAGAGUUUGUGCAGAUGAUGCGUCGGGCCCCCGAGGUCGACCAGGGCCGGCCACGCAAGCUCCCCUCCACCCAGUCGAGCGGCCUGGCACCCGUCCCACCCGAGAUGAUGACCAUCCAAGGGCACACCGCCACCUCACACACAUCCACAUCGCCGCGGAACAAGAAGCCCUCUGCGCGGUCAGCAGCGGGCGACUCGAACGCGUCAGCCCGAUCGAUAUCGACCGCGCCGAGUCCAGGGGAGAAGGGGGAGAGGGAGAGGGACUGGCAUGGCUGGGAAGCGGGCGUCACCGUCGGGUGAUCAAGGUGGGUGAGAUGGAAUGGGCGGGUUUUUUGCAGCGUGCGCGUGGGUGGGCGGGCGGCGCGGUUGGCUGGAUGAUUGUUCUGUUGUGGUGGGUUGUGUUGGGCUGCUUGUGUUGCUGCGGGUGCCGUGCCGUACAUGCCAUUCCAUAUGUCCUGGCGGGAGUCGAGUCGAGUCGAGCUGAGUUGUUUUGUGAAGGGACUCCUUUAUCUCUCUCUCCCUCUGUCUGUCUCUCUCUCUCUCUGUCUUUCUCUCCGUGUCGUUUUUGGAAAGGAUGUGUGAUGUAUGUAUGUGUGGAGUGAAGCCGAGGGAUCCAUGACUCAGUGAGUGAGUGAGUGAGGGAGGGAGGGAGCGAUGAACGACCGAUUUAUUUGCGUGUGCUGUAGAGGAAGUACGCGUACUGACGAAUGGAUGGAUGGAUGCAUGGGGGGUCUUCUGGUUUAGUGGCUGCCUUGAUUCAUCGACGAGCGGGGCAAGACUGCUGACUGAUCAGCUCCCUACCCCCGCCCCGCCUCUCUCUUUGUAAAGGGCUCCAUCGCAUUUUUCCUGAAUCCGGCGCAUGUCGGUGUCAGUCGGCUCCUGUGCUCUCGUGGCUGCAGUGUGUGCCAUGGCCAUUUCAGCCUCUCUCAUGGGCAGAAGUGGGCAUGGCACGCAGGUCAGCUACCAGAGCAACGUGCGACACACACAUGACUGCCAAGGCCGGCCUCUCGAGCUGGAUGAAUGGGUGUGUGGCACACCGCACCCUGCCUGGCUGGCUGAUCGAUCGCUGGCGUAUUUUUUCACCCCCACACAGACCCCCUGUCUUCCCCCCCCCCGCGGCUCCUCCCCACUCCCACUCCCGUCAUGAUGUGUGUACGGCGCCUUUUUCCUCGUGUGUUGUCUUGUAAGUCUGUCUGCCUGUCUGUCUGUCUGUCAUCCGAGCAUACCUCUUCGUGUGUGCGGUGUGGCUGGCGCCAAUUUAUGUGUGUCUGUCUGUCUGUGCGUGCCAGCGCGUCGGUGUACGGUCUCCUUUAUGGGUGUGUGUGUGCAUGGUGUGUGCAUGUGUGUGUGCACCAUGAUGUGUGUCCGACCUGUGGGUGUAAGACUAUAGGCGGGGGUGACGUGAGUGAGUGAGGCGGUUGGGAGGGGAAGGAGUGGAGGUCGAUGGAUAUGCGUUGAUCUGUGGCGGACGCAUACAUACGCUCACGUACAGACAGGCACGACGGGCCGGUGGGGAGGUGGGUGGAUGGAUGGAUGGAUGGGGGGUUCCCAUGCUAUUCUAUGCAGUGCCUACCUACCUUGUGGAUGAUUUCUGGCUCUCCAACCCAAUACACCCCACCCCGUGUGUGUGUGUGUGUGUGGACGUGCUUUUAUGCACACGUGUGUGGAGUGCUGCUGCGCUCCCUGCCUGCCUGCCUGCCUGCCUGCCUGCCGUCUCCCACCCACCCGACCUGCCCACCAACCCUGCCAGCACCCAAUCUGGUGUGCAGACCUAGUACUCACUGAGUGACAUGACAGCAACUUUAUCCACGUCCACUUUCAUCGACGCAUGGAAGACGCGUUUAUGCCUGUGCCUGUGCGUGUCCGUGUCUGUGUGUAUGUUUAACGUCCUGACUCGACCAACGGCUAAACAGCUGACAAAGAGAGAGACGACAGAGAGCUAACCCCGAAUUUCCACCACGUCUCCACUGGGGCAGUUUACAUCGACCCCGAGGCUCGUCGACACUGUCGUGUCUCAUGGUGGGUGGUGAGAAAGGCAAUAAGUGUGAUUUCUCUUCGCGACUUGAUUGCUUGAUGGGCAAACAAGGCUAGCUCUCACGUGCCCGCCUGCCUCUGCCUGUCACUGAUAUGACAACCAGCCAGCCGUCCGCCCAUGGGUGCACUCAGUGGUGAUGUACAUCACACCGACGGGCGGUAUCGACCAGCACUCCCCUCAAAAACCAGACAGAGACAGACAGAGGGUAGCUAGGCUAGGCAGGCCGGCAGACACACACAGAAAGACAGACACGCUUGCACGCACACAGACGGCGUCCCAUCGAGACAGACAGACACGGCCACACACAGCAAGCUCACUACAUCCACACACACAUGCAGCUCGGGGUGGACACACACAUAGCUGUGGGUUGAUAUCGACAUAUGGCACACACUAUCUACACACAGGCUCUGCACAGGAAUGAAACACCGCGUCCCUCCCCUUUGGUGCCUGCUCGCCUGUGUGUGUGUGUGUGUGUGUGCGUGUGCGUGUGUGUGUGUGUGUGUGACCUAUAGCCGCCCACACUGAUACAAGCAGCCGUCUCACACACCACAUCCACCCAUCGGAAAAAGUAGGCACGGCAGGCCGGCAGGAACAUGAAAAUGCCAUGCCGUGCCGUGCAGUGAGCUGGCGAGUCAGUGAGGGGUAUGCGCACCACACGCCCCUGUGCAGCAGCACUUGACCGACCACAAACCAGCAGACAGAC